GCAACAAUUUUCUUAAUUAAAGAUCAAUAUAUUGCCUAUUAUUGUCUAUGCAGUUUUUCUAGUUUGCAACCAUUCGCAACUGAGACUUUUGCAUUGCUUUUUCCAUAAGAGGCUUUUAUGGGAGCACAUCGAUGAGCGACGCGUGGCGUGAUCCUCAGCCGGGCAGCACAAUUUUGCCUUUCCCAGCAAGUUUUCUGCUCUUGGAAGAUUUGGAAUCGGAGCAAAAAGCCGCAGAAGACGUUCCUGCACGAACAGGAUUUGCAAAGAAGCUUAAUACAUCGUAAAUGGAUUCAAAUAUUGCGUAAAACACCGCAACAACAACAACCAAGUUAAUUUGAGAAGCAAAAGCCUAAAAAUGGGCAGAAAGGGGCACGGUACAUUCCCGGGAGUCACACUGGUGGAAAAAGCAAUAAACAAAUCUAGCUUGGGCUAUUUCAGCACAUCGGACGGGAAUUCGAGAGAAAAUGCAGACGUUACUUUUGUUCUACUUCUCCAUUACCAUUUUGAAUCUUCCGACUCAAGUGUCAUAACAGAUGGUGUCGAUGAAGACGUUCAAAAUCUCAAACGCACGUUUGAAAACAGACGAAGAUGCAAAUUUCGUGAAUUGAACUUGCGAGCUAAUAUUCUUCUGGAAGUGGAAGAAAUGCUGAACAGAUGCAUAGGACAUGAAGUGCCGUCUGUUUUGAUUUUGAUCGUUUUGUCACACGGAAUGGCGACACAAGAGGAGUUGCAUAAAUCUGAAGAUCCCAAUCAAGAGCUCUUGAGAGUGCUUCAAGAAAACAAAAAACUUUUCAACUGCCUGAAACUUGUGUUCUUUAAGCCAUGCAGAUAUAGUCUGGAAGAACACAAGGUGGUGCAUCCAAUGGAAGUUGAUCAAACUCAAAGCGUCGCAGAGCCAUCCAGAAAGAAUCGGGCGAGGAUGGUGGACUGGGUUGACUGGAUGCAUAAUUUUGUAAUUGUGUACUCGACCGUUGAGAGUAAAGGUACGUUGGUACGCAGAAACACAAAAGGGACGUUACUCGUGAGAGCUCUUUGCGACGAGUUGAACAAUAUGUCAGAAGACAAAAGUUUGGCUCACUUUUUGACGUCGGUUCAGUUCAGAGUACAUUCAAUUAGCACCGAGGUGUAUCAAGAGAAAGGAAAAACGCCAGAGUUCAAAAUCUUCCCACUGGACAGGAAGUUUUCCUUCUCUCCGUUGAAUGAAACUUUAGAUCGCGGUGGAACUCGCAUUGUUCAGCAUCAGCUCAAUUACAAAUGGCAUUGGAAACCGGGAGUAACAAGGAAAAGAAGGGCUUUAAUUUUCUGCAUGGAAAUGAGCAAACCAAUAAGACAAUUGCAAAACGCGCUGGUUCAUAAUCUGCAAUUUGAAACGAAUUUGGCAUUCAUCAAUGAUACAAUAUUACAAUCGGAAAAAAGCAGCUUGCAGGACUACGACUGUUUUGCUGCAUUUUUCUUCUCACAAAUGAGCAAAGACAUCAACGGAAAAAUUUGGAUUGAAUGUGACAAGAAAAUGGUGCCUGUUGGAGAAAUUGUUGACAGAUUUUUGGGACCAGAAAGCGAGGAAUGGAUAGGAAAGCCGAAGCUGUUUUUCUUCAUCAAUGAAGCGCUGAGCGGGGAAAAAAUUGAGAUGACUUCGAGAAUUGAUUCUGCCCAUAGAACAAAACACAGCGAAACUCUGACCUUUUAUUUGGACGCUCAAGGAUUGCUGAACGAUUUUGUAGGAAUAUUCGAGAGCCAAAAAUUAAUGGAGGAAUCAAGUUUGCAAGAAUUACUGAUGAAUUUGUUGCUCAAAGAACAUUCUAAAUUUUCGAGCUGCUGCCUGGUUUCUUCCUUGCAAUAUCUGCUUCAUUUCCCAAAAGGUGAGAUCUUCGUUGAGCCUCAGUUGCGCUUGAAUUUGGGCGUGAAUGUGCAGCAUUUAACGUUCCAUCAAACGGUCAGAAUAGCAGAAAAAAUGAUGGAAAAUUCCAAUCUCUGCAUUCUGACGGCACCUCCAGGCAUGGGAAAAACCAAACUUCUGGGCCAAAUUGGACGAGAAUUGAAAGAUAGGUCGCGUCACAGCUUAAAAAUUUUUAAUGUGAGAUUGAUAGACUUGUAUGCGAACUUUGGUGAAAGAAAGGUUCAAGGUCCAUCUUUCUUGCAAGCUAUUGCGGAAAAUGUGGAAGAAUCUGCAGAAAACUUAAUGAAGCUGAUUGCAGAAGAAAAUUUUAUGCUCAUGUUGGAUGGAUUCGACGAAAUUCCGAAUUUUUACCAAAAUGAAGCCAUUCAAAAUAUCAUCAAAUUAAUCAAGGCAAACGUACAAGUUUGGAUUUCUACGAGGCCGCAAGCAGAACAAUUGAUCACAAAUGCAACAAGUGAAAUCACGACAUGUAGAUUUGAAAUUUUGCCGCUGCAGGUCGAUCAGCAAAUAGAGUUGCUUAAGGCUGUCGCUCCACAGUUCAGUGAAAGCAAAGUCAAGUUUUUGUUGCUAAACUCGAAUCUGGGCCCUGAAGUCUUGGGCAAUCCACUGCACUUGUUGACUUUCACAGACGUUGUGGCAAAUUCGACGCUGAAGGCAAGUUCCUUGAUGGAAAUUUACGAAAGUUUCACACAUUACAGGAUUGACCAAGCACUGAAGAGGAAAGGAAUGAAUCCCUUAUUUGUGCAGUACUCGAAGAAAAUAUUGAGAGAUUUGGCAGUGGCAGUCGUUUCAAAGGGAAACUCGUGGUUAGCCUCAGACAUGGAAGGUAUUGAUGAAGUAAUUGACACAGGCAUUGUUUCAGUGAGAAAUGGAAAAGUGAAUUUUGUCCACCAAACCUAUGGCCACUUUUUUGCUGCCCAGCGAUUCAUCGAAGAAAUUAAAAACGGUGUUUUGUCGUGUCCGUUCCUACUGCUCCAAGAUUUCGACCAUGUGCGCAAAUUUUACGAUUCCUAUCUCUCAUCUGAAGACUUCUUGUCUGCACCUGAUGCUGAAUUCCUGGAGAAAUGCAUCACGAAUCACUUCAUAGUAAAUAUUGUGAUCAAGGAAGAUCUGGUCAAAAUUUUUCAGCACUCAAAGAUGUACUUGCCUUUUGCAGACGAGGAAAGUUUGUGUGCGGCAUUUGAAAAUAGCGAGCGCAUAGCCUUGGAACUCUUGGAAAUGGUCGACGCAGACCAAACUGAAAAUCUGCGCCAAGCACUCGUCAAGAAGCUUCCGAAAAUCGUGGAGAACAAUUUCGUCAAGAUCUUCUCCAAAUUAAUAAAUGUUUGCCGCCAGAGAAGCUUAGAUUUGAGGUUGAUAUCGAAAGGUGACAAUGACAAGGAGGAGAAAAUCAAUUUACUUGAAAAAGCAGCCGAGAGAAUGCACGACGCGAUGCUGAACAAAAUAUUGGAAGCAGAAAUAUUCGAGGCUGGUGAAAAGGAAGACGCUUUGUUCACAGCCGUUCGCAGUGGUCAUUUGAACAGCGUCCAAGCUUUAUUGAAACACGGAGUUGACUUGGCACACAAGGACGAAAAGGGCAGAACUGCUCUGCACGUCGCAGCCAGCAGAGGAAAUCUUGAGAUUGUCAAACUUCUGAUCCAACCGAACAUUGAAAUAUCCGAAGUUGACGAAGAGGGCUGCAACGCUGUCCACAUCGCAGCAGCGUGCAACGACGCCACGCUUGACGUUGUCAAAUAUCUGCACUCGAUGGACAAGGAACUCGUCAAAGGAAAGACCGGAAAAGGGCAGAAUCCGUUGCACCUCGCUGUGUGGCACAAUCGCUCAAGCUCGAUGGUUUAUUGGCUCGUCGAGGUUGCAGGUGUUGAUGUGACCGAGAGGGACGUGGACGGAUGGAACAAUCUGCACUUCGAGGCUUAUGGAGGAAAAAAUGCCGAAUUGCUGGAUUAUCUGGUGGUUUCUGAAUUAAAAAUGGUGCGUCAGCAGGCGUCGGAUGGAAGGACGGCCUUGCACAUUGCGGCUGACAAGGGAAACUUUGUGCGUUGGUUCGUUGAAAACGGAGCUGACGUUGAAGUCGGUGACAAUGAUGGGUGGAACGCUUUGCAUUUCGCCGCUCGAGCUGGAAAUUUUGGAGUCAUCAAGUAUCUAUUUGAAAAGAAGCCUCAAUUGAUUCAGUGCAAAGACAAGAAAGACAUGUCUGUUCUUCACCUGGCGGCGAGCAAUGGAAAUUUGGAAAUUAUCCAAUGGUUGUUCGAACGAGCAGGUUUAAAGACGGAUGUGUUAGACAACUCUGGACUAAAUGCCCUUCACGUGGCGACAAACAGUGGCCACUUUGAAGUUGUCAAGUAUUUGAACCAAAUCAAUGGUGUUCUGAUACAUCAAGUGGCGAUUGAUGGGAGGUCGGCACUGCACCUGGCUGCAGGAAAGGGUUACGAACCCUUGUGCAGGUGGUUGAUUGAGAACGGUGUGUCCGUGGACCAUGUGACGAGCAAGGGCUGGAAUGCGCUGCACUACGCGGCCCUGAAUGGAAACCUCGAGUUGGUAAAAUAUCUGAAUUUGUUGAACCCGACUUUACUCUUCAAAAAAACCAAGGACGAUAAAACGGCGCUUCACCUAGCCGCGUACAGUGGAAACGAUACUUUGUGUCAAUGGAUGCUUGAGAAAGGAUUGGCUGUUGAUGCUGUGGACGCUGCGGGCCACGGCGCCCUCCACUACGCAGCCAUCAAUGGCUACGUCAUGCUUGCGGAAUAUUUCCAUCGCAAAGUGUCCAGAUUUUGAAUGUGUUAAUCAUGGAAAGGCACACUUUGAACCAAGUAUGUUUAUAAAAUUUAAUUUAAUUUUUUUUAAAAAGAUUAAAAUCCAAAAUUAUUUCAAUUUUAUGCAACUACAAAAUUGAAAGGGCUACUUUUCGGGUGCAAUUUGAUGUUAAAAUUGGAAAGAUCGGAUGAUAAAUUACUGGGGUUAUUGAAGAAUAACUUGAAUGAACCCAGGGAAACCAUAUUGAUUUUAAUUAUAAAUGUUGAGGUUGAAAUAUGCAUCCAAGAGAAAUGAAAAAAGUAAUUUUGUUAAUUAUUAUUAUUUGAAAUUGAAAGAGAAAAAAUUGAGUACCCUACAACUGUGACACAAACUGAAAGACAAGACCCAAACACAUGACAAUAUAAAAAAUAAUCUCCGUACAGCGUAAAAGUAUGAAUAUAAAAUUUCCUUUGCAGCUAAAAUGAUAUAAAGCGUCUUAAAAGUGCCAACAAGGAAUAAUGAUGGAUUGAUUGAAUUCUUCUGAAAAUUGAAUCCAAAAGAGCUAAGUUUUUAAUAAAAUGCCGUUAAAUCGUCGGCGAAAUUAUUAUCGAAACUACAAAAUAAAGAUCUCAGAAUCAUAAUUCUAUAGAAUUGCAACUAAAAGUGAUGGAGUGUAAGAAUUAUGCCGGGAAAUAACUACGUCACUGUUCGCAAAAGCUCAUUCAAGCCGAGCCUGUUGAGAUAUCUGGAGCAAACAAACCGCUUUCAGCAAGGAAUUUUAAUUAUCUGUGUGUGCAAAAGUGUUGGCACUUGAUACCUACUUUUUGUCCGCACAGCAGUAAAUGUUAUUUAUUAUUGAUACCUCUUAUAAUUUUGUUAGAAUAAAAUGGCUAAUAUAAUUUUAGACUGUGAAAAAAUACUUCAUUGGGUAUCUUUGUUCCCAGUCCAAAUUUAUUAUAAUAAUAAUAAAUAAAUAUAAUCAUUGUCAAACAUAUUUUGCUUGUGCUUUGUUCGUGUUUUCAUUUUGUGCACCAAAUAAAAAAAUCAGGUUUUAUAUGCAUAA